UUCCAUUUCAAUCUAAUUUUUUCCGACUUCUUUUGAUUCAUAUCAUUUUGCUUGUGGAAAGUUUCUUGACUUCUCAUUAAUUACUUAUUAAUUAUUAUUAUACUGGCCAGAUGCCAGUAAUCAGUAAAUCGAAUGACCAGUGCGGACGCUAUUACAAUGGCUAUAUCAGGCAAUGUAUCGCUCAAUGUUUGGGAUUGGUUGGAAAUGCAUCGGCUAAAAAUAAUAGUGAAAAGUGCUACUUUGACAAGAAAACUGGCGCUGGUUUAGAUGCUCAUGCAGCUUCAUGUCCAGACUGCAUGACUUUAGACUUUAAGUCGGAGGUGGCUCAAACCAUAAGGGGAACCAACGCAGCAAUGCCGGGUACUUUUAAAAAAAUGUGCAACAAGACUAUUUAUUACAAUACGGCGAUUCCGAUUGAGUAUGAUCGUCAUGUGUACGUCUGUCUAGGUGGAAUUUAUCGUCCAAGUUCUCCGUGGGUACCCAAAAGCGUGGAUGAAAUGAAAUGUGUUAUUAGCAAUUUGCCUUCAAUGUACCACCCAACUGGAUCUGGUUUUGGAUCGUUGAGGAUAUUUGUGGAGAAAAAUUAUUGCAAAUCAAACUUCGCAUAUUGCAAUCUUCCCAAUGAGAAAUACGUGAAAUUCAAUGCGAGCAUGCUUCCUUGGGCACCAAGCAAUUUCACAUCAAAAGGCAGCAGCCGCACCUGUUUGGGUCUCAUGUUUAAAGUCAAAAACAAAAACGAAGUUCAUUCGAUGCAGUUCCAAGAAGUUAGUUGCGUGGAAAAACUGAACGCCGUGUGCGAGGGUCUAGAAUAA